AUGACCGCCGUCACUGAGCGCAACCGAUUCACAGAAAUCGUGUUCGCGGCGCUGCUGCUGUCCGCGUCGCUCCGCAUCUGGCUCGACCUGCGCGUCCACGCACCGCGUCCCACCGAACUCCCCUGCCGCAACGACGACUCGCUUCAGCCGGCCGACCAAUCGACGUCCGCCGCGUCAGCAUACAUCAACGACAGCGUCGUAGCGCUGCCCGGCCGCGCGUGGCGGUUACCAGCGGGGGUGGCGUGGGCGUACGGCGGGCUGGGCGACGGCAAGGUGGACCCGGCGCGGUUCCGCCUGCACGUGAAGGUACUCGUCUUCGACCGCCCCGCGUACGCGCUCCGCUGCCUGCGCGCGCUGGCGGCGGCGCUGUACGACGCGGAGCCCGUCCAUCUGGACGUCUUCGUCGACCACCCCUUCGCGCUGCGCGCCGACGCCGCGCCCUGGUCGCCGCGCGCCGCGAGACGCGUGGCGGCCUCCCAUUUCCUAAUGGCGCAGAUCGACGCGUUCGCGUGGCCGCACGGGCCGAAGCGCGUGAUGUACCGAUCGCAGAGCGCAGGCGUGCAGGGCCAGUGGGUGGAGGCGUGGUGGCCGGAGAGCCUCGCUGACGUGGCGCUGAUGGUGGAGGACCACGUGGUAGUCUCCCCGCUGUACUACCGCUACCUGAAGCGCCUCCUGGCGCGGUACUACUUCCGGCGCGCGGACUUCGACCCGCACGUGCUGGGCGUGUCGCUGCAGCGCCAGUCCUUCGUGCCCGGGCUGGGCGCCGACCCACUCCCCCCGCUGGCGCACGGCGCGCCGUUCCUGUACGCCGUGACGGGCACGUGGGGGCAGGCGCUGCUGCCCGGGCCGUGGCGGCAGUUCCGCCUGUGGCUGGACGAGCGGCGGUACAACGGCAGCCGGCAGCCCCUUGUGGGCGGGCUCAAGACCACCCAGUGGUUCCGCGACAAGGGCAACAGGAGGUGGUCGCCGUGGGCCAUCAAGUGGGCGCACAGCACCGCCAUGCUCUCGCUCUACCCGCCCCUCCCCGCCAACCUCUCCCUCGCCUUCCCCCUCAAGCGCGCCGCCCCCCCCUCUGACGCCCCCCUCGUGCCGCUGCUCCCAGGGAUGGGGGCGGGUGCGGGUGGGGGGAUUGGGGGAAGCGGGGGAGGGGGCGGGGAGGGGGGGGUGGAGGGGGCGGUGAGGGCGUGGAUGGAGGGGCCGCUGCCGAGCAUGGCGCGCGUGAGGCGCUUCGACCUGUGUGCUCGCGAGCUGCCGCACCUCCCCGUGGGGCACUCCCUGCCCGACCUGCACUCCCUCCUCUCCGCCGUCGCCCAGGACAAGCGGGUGUCGCUGGUGGUGGUGCCGACGGGCGGCAGGGACGAGGUCAACAACUGGCUCUGCCACCUUGACGGCAGCAGCCUGCGCUCAUUCGUCCUCAUCGUCCCCCACGCCAGCCUGGCAGCUGAGCUGUCCGCACGUGGCUUCGCUGCCUUCCAUCUGCCGCCACUCAGCAGGCACCAGGUGGCACAGGGGCUGGGACAGCUGACAGCGAGGGGAGGGGUGAAAGCAGUGAGGGAGAAGGAGGGGUUGGAGGAGGAGGAGGGUGAGGAGGUGGAUACUGGCGGGCAAGUGGAGGGGGAGGGCGAGGGGGUUGAGGAGGAGGGAGCAGAGGAGGGAGUGGAGGGAGGGGGGGCGCGCAGCAGGUGGACGGCGAGGCACAUAGAGGUGGUGGUGGCAGCGCUGUCGCAGGGCUUUGAUGUGUCCCUCAGCAAUGUGGACGCCGUGUGGCGGGGUGACCCCAUGGCCACCGAGGCCCUCGGGCUCAUCCCUGCUGACGUGGACAUGUGGGGCCACCUUGACACUGCUGACGUGGCAUCUAGCUUCUUUGUGAUUCGUUCUCGCGCCGCUACAGUCUCGGCGUGGGGCCAGCUGGCUAAGCUGUGUGCGCAGGCGCCCAAGGGGGGAAGCAUGGGGGGCUUGGACAAGGUGGAGGUGGGGUGUGGGGAGCCGGGGAGUGGCGUGCAGCAGAAGCAGAUGCGGGUGCUGCUGACUCAGGCAAUGCAUUUCAGGGAGGUGGAUUCGAUACCCUUUGGACGCGAUGGCGCAGUGCGUCGCGUGCGACUGAAGCUCGCCUUCCACUGUGUUCCCCGCAUCGUUCCCCGCAUCGUUCCAGCCAUCCAUUCCGCAGGCCCGGCCUUCAAGCGCCCGUGGCAUCGACCGCCGCCAUCGCCGCGCGGAGUGAAGGCGCUGCGAGUCCGCGCCGCGCUGAGCCUCGAUGCCGCGCGAAACACCGCGGCGGUCGACCCCUUCUCGUUGCUCUCUGCCGUUCCGCCGCUCCGCGCGCCGUCUCUGGAGGAGGGCGCAAUGGGCAUGACGAUGAGGGAGAGCCUCGCCGUCGCGGUCGAGGCGGCAGGCGGAACCCGCCGGGCGGAAGAAGGAUAUCCGGGCGCGGCUUGCGCUGCUGACGACGCGCCACUGACGCCCAGCCGCCUGGCGUCCCGGCUAGGCGUGCUCUUCUUAUCGGCUGCUGCGGCAGCAGCGGCGGGAACUAGCAUGCCCGCGCAGGCCGUGCAGGCGGAAGCAGUGCGGUCGGAAGCCGUUUAUGCGGAAACAGUUUGGGCGGAGGCAGUGCAGGCGGAGGCAGCAGCGACAGCAGUGACGGCACCCGAGGCAGAAGGCCAGAGCGCAGAAGUGGCGUGGCAGCUGCCGCCUGUAGCGGUGGUUGCUGCUACAGCUGUGCCGGCUGUCGGUCCAGGUGGCGGCAGUCGUUCUCCACGUAAGCAGACAGCUCAGCAGCACGUGGCCGCGCUGGAGGGGCGCAUGCAGCGGAUGAUGGCGUGGGUGCGCCAGGGCAGGCGGGGGCGGGCGGAAGAAACGGGGGAAGCGGGGCGCGAGGGGCGCGAGGGGCAAUCAACGGCUGCGCAGCAGGCCGAGCUGCGGCGGCGAGUGGCGGGGGUGGUGGAGGGGCGCAGGGCCACUAGGCGGAAGCAGCGUGGGGGAGGGGGGGGUGGGGAUGGCUCAGGGGGGCGAGGGGCAGUGGGCUUGGAGGAGGAGGGCAGUGGAGUGGGAGGAGCGCGGUUGAGAGAGAUGGGAGGAGAGGGAGUGCGGUUGAGCGACGGUCCGGAGUGGCUGAAGGGAGUGGCAGAGCAGUACGGCAUGGCGCUGCCGGCAGCUGUGGGGGCCACCAGGGCACAGGAGGAGGCGGAGGCGAGCAGGCAGCGGUACGAGGCGGCGGUGCAGUGGACGGAGGGGCGCCUCUCAGCGCUCGCCACGCUCGCCCUCACCACCGCCACCCACCCGCCCUCACCCUCCCUCGCCGCCUCCCGCACCCACCUGCUCUCCUCCCUUGCCUUCGCUCAGAAGCGAGCAGCUGAGGUGCGCACAGGAAGGGGAUGGGAUGGUGAUGAUGGCGUGAUGAGGAUGGCUGGACUCUCGUCUCCUCCGCCAUUCCACCCUGCGUGCGUGCAGGAGGAGCAGCGGGUCACCCAGCUGCGCCAGCAGCUCAGCAACAGCCGCAUGCUCUCACAACCCUCCUCUUCCUCUUCCGCAUCCUCACCCUCCUCGCCCCUCUCCACCGCACUGCCUCCUUUCCAAUCUACCAUAGCGCAACCUGCGCCCCCAUCUCUCCUGGCCACUCCGUCAUCGACACCAGCGCUCCCCUCCUCCUCGUCGCUCGCGCCCCAACGACCGGUGCCGCGCUCGCUGUCGCAGCCCUCACGGGCGCUCUCCCGCGCCUCAUGGUGCCCCACCGAGGCUGCUCACACCACUCAGCCCUUGGCCUACGACAGCACGAGCCUCGCCAGCACGCAUGCUGCCCUGAGCAUUCUCCAGCAGGUGCGUUGCGUUGCACUCCCUCACGCAUCAGAUGCCUCUGCCCAUCGCAUUGUACCUGCCCAUACCUCACAGCACCGUGCUCAUGCCAUGCUCUCUGCUCAUUUCCUCCCUUUCCUUCCCCAGGCGCCAGUGCUGGUGGAGGGAGCAGGUGGGGGCGAGUGGGCGAGGGAGUUUGUGGCGGAGUCGGUGGCCAGGGAGCUCAGCAAGCGCCGCACCGCCCAUGGCCAUGCCACGUGA